CACGCCAGAGUGUUUCAAAGCCAGAGCAGGAAUAAGUGCUCCUUCAACAGUACUGAUGUCUUGAACAAAAACAUAAUUUGGAUCUAGGGAAAAGCUCUUAGUUUCCAGAAUGGAGGAAAAUUCUUCCAGCAGUGGAACAGAUUCCCUAAGCAGUGGAGAGAUUCCACGAAGCCGGUCAGAGGGGACUUUGAUUGAUGUGGAUGACCGGACACCUUCAGACACCUACAAUGCCAAUGAAAGUAAACUGGAUUUGGAUAUUGACUGGCCUGGUGUAUUCAAACAUGCCCAAUCUGUUUCCAAGACUAAUCCUUUCUGGAAUGAACUGUCAGGAUCCAACCCUUUUGUACAUGACAUAGCUGCUUCCAAUAGAAAUGAAAAUAAUAAGCGUCUUUCCAUCUUAAAGGAAAAAUCUUAUUUGUUCUCUAAGAUUUCAAGCAAUAGGGACUCUUUGGAUUCCUCAGGUGAUGAGCUAGAUAUUGACUGCCUCCUGAGAAAGACUUCAACAAGAAGAUCUGGACGAUCCAAAAGUGUCUCUGACUUCCUGGAUAUAGUUGAUAACCAAAGAUUUAAUCCUCACAAGACAGACCUUCAAAAAACUACAGCUUCUGAUAUGAUAUGGCUUCAGAAUGACCGUGAAGCGUACAAGAUGGCUUGGCUGAGCCACCGACAGCUCACCCGGUCCUGCCUGGAUUUAGAGGCCAUGAGCCACAGCCCUGGGUGGGCACAAACACAAGCUACAGACAUUCAUGUAGUUUGUAAACUGAGUCAUGAAGGGGGCUCAGUACAGCUACCUGACUCAGAUAUCAACAUUCAUGUCCCUGUGGGUCAUGUAUUACCAGGAGAAUUCCAAGAAGUUGGUUUAAAGGCAAUCCUUAACCCUCCAUUGUCAUGCAACAAUGAGCUGUCCAGCACAGUAAGCCCUCUGAUAGAACUUACACUGAGCAACCUCAACACAAGCGAAGCCAUUUUCCUAGAAGUGAAAGUUGCAGCUAAAGUGAAGAGUGAUCCACUCAGCCAAGUUAUGAGUGAUAUUGUGUGUUUUUUUAGUCUCAACAAAGAAGGACCUUUUAAGAAACUAGAGAAUUGCUAUAUUUAUCAAGACACCAUACAAGUGAAGCUAACGGACCUAAGUCAUGUGAUGUAUGCAGUGAUUGCCGUACAAGCAAGCAAAAUCCAGCCUCCAGCAACUAAUGUGUGGGACUAUGUCCAUAGAACAGUCUCAGUUGGAAUUUACGGUCCCAAAUAUAUUCAUCCAUCUUUUACAGCAGUUCUUACAGUCUUUGGUCAUAACUACAUUCCAGGAAAACUCACGAUUUGUGAUAUAAAAAAAGGGGGGAAAAGUAUGCCUCCUGUGGUGUUUCAGCUGUGGGGAAAGCAUACAUUUCUGCUUGAAAAACCACAAGACCUAAACAUUUCUUUGAUAUCCUGUGAUCCAGACUUUCAAGUAAAAAUGGAAGAUCAAAGCAAAUAUAUUAAAAAGGAGGAGUUGAAAACUGGUGAAAUGGUCCGCCAACAAUUCCUGUUUUCCAUGCUUGGAUGCAGGGAGAUGCAUUUCUUUGUUUUCCUUGUUCAGAUUAAGAUCUUGAAAAGUAGCCAAGUAACACAGUUCCAUGUUACGACUCCUGAUCCAGCUCCAAAAUUAAGUGGAAUUAUUAAUAGGCCAAAGCGCCUACAAAGCCGCAAAGAAAUCAAGUCUGCGCCAUGGCUUUUGAUACCAACAAUAAACUAUCCAAAGUUUCAAGACAAAACUUUGAGUGUCAAUACUUAUGGAGUGGCUUUGAAAACUGUGUUACGUCAGAAUAAGAUUGACUAUUUGCUGGAAUAUUUUAAAGGAGACACAAUAGCACUGCUUGGUGAAGACAAAGUUAAAGCCAUUGGACAAACUAAAAUCAAAGAGUGGUAUGUGGGAGUUCUCAGAAGAAAGAUUGGUCUUGUACAUUGCAAAAACAUUAAAGUUAUUUCUAAAGAACAAGCUAUGAACAUUGCUGAUAGUGAGCUAACAACCAGGAAUCUUGUUGAACAAAUUGCAUUGCCAUUCAAAAAACUGACUUAUAUCUACUCAGUAGUUCUGUCUACAGUAUCAGAGAGUGUUUAUGACUGGAGAGCUUUAGCUGAGGUGUUGGGAUACUCACAUAUGUCUUUGGAUGACUUUAAUGAGGCACAUAUUGAUAAGGAAUCAGAAAGAGUUGCGCAUGUUGUGAAAAAGAUGAAGCAAGACUGCCAUGCUAACAAAAAAAAAAGACUAUUUCUUUAUGAACUCAUUGUUGCACUUUUGAAAAUAGAUUGCCAGGGAUUAGUGGCACGUCUUACCCAGGACACCAUCAUCCUGACUUCAGCUGUGAAGCUUGGCAAAAGCUGGCGGGAGCUUGCAGAGAAACUAGCCCGCCUCACAAAGCAGCAAAUAGAGGCUUAUGAAGCACCCCACCACGGGAAAAAUGGAGAAGUAGCUCUGGAGAUGAUGUGGAAACCUGCAUAUGACUUUCUCUACACUUGGGCUGCCCAUUAUGGAGAUGGUUACAGAGAUGUCUUACAAGACCUGCAAUCAGCCUUGGAUAAAAUGAAAAACCCAGUAACAAAACAGUGGCGAGAGUUAACUGGAGCUCUGAUUCUUGUGAAUUGCAUGGAGGUGUUAAGAGCAAGUGCCUUCUCCAAAAUGGAGGAAGAGUAAUGGACAAAAUAUGUUUUUUGGAAAAUCUGUUAGGAAACUAUACCUCUGUGUAGAG